UCAAAAUCAAAUCCAAUUUAAUUUCGAUAGUAAUUAAUAUAUUCUUAUUAUUAUAUUCCAAAAAAAAUAAAGACAUAACAUAUAUAUAUUUCCACCUCUUCAUUUGGCCGGCACAAGAGGUGCGUGAGUUGGGGUUUUCCUUGAUUCUUGAAAAAUACAAAAAGGAAGCAACUUGUGAUGUGGGUCUGAUUUGUUUUCAAGUUUUUUUGAGAUGGGUAUAAUCAGUACUAUAUUGGGUUUUUCUGGAUUUGGAAUUGGUGUUUCUGCUGGUCUUGUUAUUGGCUAUUAUCUUUUCAUCUAUUUUCAGCCUACAGAUGUUAAGGAUCCCGUUAUUCGUCCUUUGGUCGAACGUGACUCUGAUACUUUGCAAAGUAUGCUUCCCGAGAUACCUUUGUGGGUAAAGAACCCGGAUUUUGAUCGGGUUGAUUGGCUUAACAAGUUCAUCGAGCUCAUGUGGCCAUAUCUUGACAAGGCAAUAUGCAAGACUGCAAAGGAUAUUGCAAAGCCCAUUAUUGCUGAGCAAAUUCCCAAGUAUAAAAUUGAUGAGGUUGAGUUCGAGACUCUUACCUUAGGGUCUUUGCCACCAACAUUUCAAGGGAUGAAGGUCUAUGUUACUGACGAGAAGGAGCUGAUCAUGGAACCAUCCCUAAAAUGGGCUGGAAAUCCUAAUGUUGCCAUUGUUGCUAAAGCUUUUGGCUUAAAAGCAACUGUUCAGGUGGUGGAUUUACAAGUCUUUGCAGCACCUCGUAUUACACUAAAACCACUUGUUCCCAGCUUUCCUUGCUUUGCUAAAAUCUGUGUUUCUCUCAUGGAGAAGCCACAUGUUGAUUUUGGGCUCAAGCUUUUCGGGGCUGACCUUAUGUCAAUUCCUGGAUUGUAUAGGUUUGUCCAGGAACAAAUUAAAGAUCAAGUUGCCAACAUGUAUCUUUGGCCUAGAACUCUAGAAGUGCAAAUAUUGGAUCCAUCCAAAGCCUUGAAGAAACCGGUGGGAAUACUUCAUGUGAAGGUUUUAAAAGCAUUGAAGCUGAAAAAGAAAGAUCUCUUGGGUGCUUCUGACCCUUAUGUGAAGAUAAAGCUCACUGAAAGUAAGCUUCCAUCAAAGAAGACAACUGUAAAGCAUAAGAAUUUGAAUCCAGAAUGGAAUGAGGAAUUCAAUAUGGUCGUUAAAGAUCCGGAGUCACAAGCUGUAGAGUUCCAAGUAUAUGAUUGGGAACAGGUUGGCAAGCAUGACAAGAUGGGGAUGAACGUGGUUCCUUUGAAGGAUCUUAAGCCUGAUGAACCCAAGGUCGUUACACUUGAUCUCUUAAAGAAUAUGGAUCUUAACGAUUCUCAAAACGAGAAAUCACGAGGCCAAAUUGUGGCAGAAUUGUUAUAUAAACCUUUUAAGGAUGAAGAGAUGCCAGCUUUUGAAGAAGCCGGUGCUGUUCCAAAAGCAUCUGAAGGAACACCUGCAGGUGGCGGUGAACUUGUGGUUAGAGUUCAUGAAGCUCAAGAUGUCGAAGGAAAACAUCACACUAAUCCUUAUGUCCGAAUCCUCUUUAAAGGAGAGGAGAAGAAAACAAAGCAUAUAAAAAAGAAUCGUGAUCCAAGAUGGGAUGAAGAGUUCAAGUUCGUACUAGAGGAACCACCUGUGAAUGAUAAAUUGCACGUGGAAGUUGCUAGUGCCUCGUCCAGGAUUGGCCUACUCCAUCCUAAGGAAUCAUUGGGUUACAUCGAUAUUAGUCUUGGGGAUGUUGUGCAUAACAAAAGGAUCAACGAAAAGUACCAUCUUAUUGAUUCAAGGAACGGGAAAAUCCAAAUCGAGCUGCAGUGGAGGACUGUUUCUUGAUGCGUGGAAGCCGUAUCAUUUUCAUUGAGACAUAUAUAGAGGCAUAUGAUCUUAGAGAAAAGUUUCCUUCUUUUGGGUACUUGAAAACUGGCAUCAAAAUAAUAGUAUUUGCUUUUGUUGUAUAAACUUUGUGUACAUUAAUUAAAUAUGAGAAAAAAGAAUCAGUACUAUUUUUUUAA